GGGAGGAUGUUUGUCCCCUUUCUUCCGCCGUAGAAAGCAUGGAGGCGUCCUAACAGCGUGCGGAGUAAAUAGAGGAGCCCCCAGUCCGUACACAGGGGAUAGUGAGGAGGGAGAGCCAGAGGUGUCGUGUACAGCGAGGUGGCGGGGAGAAGAGCAUCCAUUAUGGAUCAUAGAGCAGCUGAAGGACACACCUCAGAAAUGACUUCUGUUUUCCCAUAAUAAACUCCUCUAUAGGCUGGAGACCCAGAGAUCCUCUACUCUGCUGGUCUGUUAGAGCCAUAGAGAUCAUACCUUAUCCUGGUGACCUCCAGACCCAGACCAUUACCUUACCCUGGUGACCUCCAGACCCAGACCAUUACCUUACCCUGGUGACCUCCAGACCCUGACCUUUACCUUACCCUGGUGACCUCCAGACCCUGACUAUUACCUUACCCUGGUGACCUCCAGACCCAGACCAUUACCUUACCCUGGUGACCUCCAGACCCUGACCAUUACCUUACCCUGGUGACCUCCAGACCCUGACUAUUAACUUACCCUGGUGACGCGAAGGACCCACAGACUACUCUGCCCCCUGGUGACCCCAGAGAUCCACCACUCUACUGAUCUGCUAGAUCAAGGGAUCCUACAACUUGGCAAACCCGAAAAAAAAGACCCCCUUGACCUUACCCCGGUGACUCAGGGAUCCCCUACUAUACUGAUCUGCCAGACCUAGAGAUCCUACAACCUAAGGAACCCAAAAGCGGAGACCCCUUGACCUUUCUCUGGCGACUCAGGGAUCCACUACUGAUCUGCUGGACCCAGAGAUCCUUCAACCUCGGAAACCCAAAACAGAGCCCCCUGAGACCUUAUUCUGGUAAUCUGCAGACCCAGAGAUCCUCUACUCUGCUGGACUGUCAGAGCCAUAGAGAUCAUACAACCUGAGGAACCUUCAGACUCAGAUCGUUACCUUGCCCUGGUGACUCAGGUCCCCUACUAUACUGAUCUGCCAGACCCAGAAAUCCUACAACCUAAGGAACCCAAAAACAAAGACCCCUCAACCAUUCUCUGGAGACCCAGGGAUCACCUACUAUACUGAUCUGCCAGACCCAGGGAUCCAACAACCUAAGGAAUAUAAAAGCGGAGACCCCUUGACCUUUCUCUGGUGACCCAGGGAUCCACUACUCUACUGAUCUGCUAGACCCAGAGAUCCUACAACCUAGGAAACCUAAAAAAGAGACCCCUUGACCUUAUUCUGGUAACCCGCAGACCCAGAUAUGCUCUCUUCUGCUGGACUGUCAGAGCCAUAGGGAUCCUACUACAACCUGAGGAACCUCCAGACUCAGAUAAUUAACUUACCCUGGUUACCUAAAGACCCAGAGACCACCCCCGUCUGGUGACCCACAGACCCAGAGAUCUACUACUCUGCUGAUCUGCCUGAAUCAGGGAUCCUACAACCUAAGGAACCCAAAAGUGUAGACCCCUCAACCUUUCUCUGUUGACCUGUAGACCCAGGGAUCCACUACUCCACAGAUCUGCUGGAUUUAGAUAUCCUACAACAUAGGAAACCCAAAACAGAGACCCCCUCAACCUUACCCUGGUGACCCAGAGACCCCCUACAAUACUGAUCUUCCAGACCCAGGGUGCCCGCAACCUAAGGAACCAAAAACAGAGACCCUUCAACCGUACCCUGGUCACCCAGGGAUCCCUUUCUGUACUGAUCUGCCAGACCUAGGAAUUCUACAAUCUAAGGAACUAAAAACAGAGACCCCCUCAACCUCACUUUGGUGACCAAGAGAUCCACUGAUCUGGCUAGAUCUAGGGAUCCUGUAACCUAGGAAGUUCAAAACAGGGACCCCUUAACCUUACUCUGGUGACCUAGAGACCCAGGGAUCCCCCACUAUACUGAUCUGCCAGACCCAGGGAUCAUACAAUCUAACAAACCCAAAACAGAGACCCUUUAACCUUACCCUGGUGAUCCUCAGAGCCACUACUGAUCUGGGGAUCCUACAAGCUAGAAAACCCAAAACAGAAAUCCCUCAACUUUAACCUGGUGACUCAGAAACCACCCCUGUCUGACCCAAAGACACAGGGAUUCCCUAUAAUACUGAUCUGUCAAAUCCAGAGAUCCUACAGCCUACCUCUAAACCCAGACCAUUACCUUACCCUGGUUACCUUCAGACCUAAAUACCCCCAAUUCUGUUGAGACUACGUACCCAGAGACCACCCCAUAUCGAAACCCACAGACUAAGGGAACCUCUACUCUGCUGAUCUGCCGAAUCCAGAGAUCUUCAAGAUCGCAGAAUUUUCUAGGAAUCCUAUUCAUCUCGGGUGACUGUUCGAUGUACAGAUCCUUCUAAUCUGGUGAUGUCUCAGACAGAGGCCCUCCUCGGCUAGCUGAACAUUCAGAACCAGAAUCCCUCUAGAUUCUGGUGAACUCCGGACCCUGUGGACAUCUUCAGUCUGGUGAUUCCUUGGACUUCGGUCUUUUUUAGAUGUGAGGAGCACCCGACUCAGGAUUUUUAUUUAUUUUGAUGACCCUCCUGACACAGGUGUCUUCUUAAGCCCGGUGAACUGCAUUUUGCCAGGUGAGAGUCAAAGUCCUGAGAACCCAUCAAGUCCACAACCCCAGUAGCUGUCUUCAACUUGGAGAACUUUCAAACAUGGAGGUCCAUUAUUAAUUUGUUGAAACCCACUUUAGUUGCAUCAACAUGGAAAUGGAAUCUUCUACAAGCAGUCAACAGAACCAGAGUGACCCCUGCAGUGUGGUGAACCCGAAGACUCCUUCCAAUUCCCACAACCAACAAACUCUGCCCCCUAGUGGGCCUUUCUUCCACUGGAAACUCCAAGCUUCCCUCAAAACGGACCUCAGUAAGAAAGGCAGUGUGGACAAAGACAUUGAGGAGAUCGUGCGGCAUAUUAACCUCCAGGACUGUUACUUCACCACCAGCUCCUGCUCUGGCAGGAUUAUCAUCAUUGAGGAGAAUUCUGAUCUCUCCAUAGUGCAGAAGGAGAACUGCUCGUGGCUUUUUGUGACCCAUGACCUCUGUAGCAUAGAUGAUGUGGUUACAGCCGUCCAGAAAGCCUCGGGCGACGCGGUACUGAAAUUCGAACCCUUCGUUAUGCACGUCCAGUGUCGCACAUUAGAGGACGCACAACUUCUGCAUAGUGUCGCCAUAAACUCUGCAUUCCGAAAUUCUGGCAUCACAGUAGGAAAGAAGGGGAAAAUCAUAAUGGCGGUACGGAGUACUCAUUGUAUGGAGGUGCCAUUGAGUCACAAGGGGAAGUGUUUAGUGAGCAACGAAUAUAUUGAAUACUUGGUACAGACGGCAAACCGAAAAAUGGAAGAGAACAGGACAAGAAUCACCCGAUUCUUUAGCUGCCUCCAUACGGCUCUACAGAAAAGGGACAGAAAGAGUGAGAAGGACCACAAGGAACAGACGGACAGCUCGGUGUACACUCGUAGGAGGAGAAGGCAGGAGGUGACUGAGAUAACAGAUGGCAGUCCUUGUGAAGCCCCGGGUGACCCCGAGACCUGCAUCUCCUUCCUACAUGAUGCAGACUAAGGCAAUGGACAGGAGACGCAACUACUGGAUAAUAUUUCUCAAUAAAGAUUUCACCUAAUCAUCCAAA